AUGAUGUGUUUCGCUAUUUGUUCAUGUCACUUGCACCAUGGAAGAGAGCAUGGGAGCAUUGCAUUCCUGUUCUUAUUAUCGAUGGUUCUUUUAUGAAGGCGUACUACAAAGGGACAUUACUUACCGCAUGUAGCCAAGAUGCAAACAAACAGAUUGUGCCUUUAGCGUUUGCUGUAUGUGAUUCUGAGAGCACUGCGUCCUGGAAGUGGUUCUUUACAAGGCUCAAAGAGUGCCUUAAACAUCGUGAUGACAUGUACAUUGUGUCAGAUAGACAUAAAGGUAUUAUCAAAGCUGCAAAGGCCAUCUUUCCACACGCUUCCCAUGGAUAUUGUUGUGAACAUCUGCGGCGUAAUAUGAGAUCCAAAUUUCGAGGUAAGUCAUCCAACCAUGGUUGGAAAUUUAAAGCUGCAUGGGAGGCUGCAACUGUGAAUGAAUGCUAUCAAUAUUUGUCCAUGUUGGAUGAGGAAGAUGCUAGGAUUCGUCCGUGGCUAGAGAAGAUUGGAACGGAAAAGUGGGCUCGAAGCAUGGCAGUUAAGAGUCGAUGGGGUGUUAUGACCUCUAACUGUGCAGAGGCCAUGAACAGCAUGGAUGCUAAUGCAAGAGAGUACCCUGUCGCUAAGCUUUUGGAUUUUAUCCGAGAAAGAAUGCAAACAUGGUUUGCGGAGCGGCUAGAAGAUGCAACUUCAUCAACUACUCAUUUGACUCUAAAGUUUGAGAAACAUUUAGUUUCAUUGCAGAGGGAUGCUUCAAGGAUGAGGGUUAAACCGUCAUGCCGUUAUGAGUUUGAAGUUGUUGAUAGACUUCGUAGAUCUUUUAUUGUCAAUCUCAAUGACCGAACAUGCACGUGCCGUAUGUUUCAAUUAGAGCAUUUUGUUUGUGUACAUGCUGUAGCUGCCAU